UAUGAGAAAACCAAAUUAAAUCAUAAACCCUAAACCGUACACAUGCUUCGAAUCUCAAGCUCGGUUUCUAGACUCAUCCCCAAGCAACAUUUUCUUCGUUUGAUUCACGCUAGGUCAAGAAAUCGCGGCUAUUCUGGUGAGGAAGAUCAUGAUUUCGAUAAGGCUCGGAGAAGAGAGGCAAACAGAGAUGACUAUUUUCAAUUGUACAAGAGUAAGGGCCAGCAUCUUUUGACUAAUCAACGCAUUCUCGACAGCAUUGUUCGGAGAUCAGAUAUUAAACCCACUGAUACUGUCCUGGAGAUCGGCCCCGGCACCGGAAAUCUGACCCUGAAGCUUCUGGAAGCUGCGAACAGGGUUGUUGCGUUUGAGAUUGACAAGCGGAUGGUGGAGGUUCUUCACAAACGCGUUGCGGAGCGCGGUGUUGGAGGUCGGCUCACUGUUGUGUGCAAAGAUGCAUUGAAGGUGAAGUUUCCGGAAUUUGAUCUUGUUGUGGCUAAUAUUCCGUAUGGGAUAUCUUCUCCUCUUGUGGCGAAAUUGGUGUAUGGGGAAAGGCAGUUUCGUAGCGCUACUCUGCUGUUGCAGAAGGAGUUUGCGAGGAGAUUGUUGGCUAAGCCUGGUGAGUCAGAGUUCAACCGCUUGGCUGUGAACGUGAGCAUGGUAGCGGAUGUGGACUUUGUCAUGGAUGUGAGCAAGAGGGAGUUUGUUCUUUGUCCGAAAGUAGAUUCGUCUGUGGUGAUUAUUCGUCCGAAAGCUGAAGUGCCGGAUGUUAAUCUGGAUGAAUGGUGCGCUUUUACGAAAGCUUGUUUUGGUAAGAAGAACAAGACACUUGGGGCGACGUUCAGGCAAAAGAAGAAGGUGGUGGAGCUACUAAGGUUGUCCGAAAUGACUAAUUCAAAUGCGGAAACUGGAAAUUAUAUUGCUAGCAAUUGCGUUGGUGAUGAAGAAGAAAGCGAUGAAGAAGAGGAGUGUUCAUCUGCUUGCUUGGAAAUUGGAGGAGCUAGUUCUUUCAAGGAGAAGCUAAUGGGGGUCCUAAAAUCAGCUGAUUUUGAAAGCAAGAGGCCUUCCAAGCUGUCAAAUGAUGAGUUACUUCAGCUACUUGCACUGUUCAAUCAAGCCGGAAUAUAUUUUCGUGAUCGGUCCAUGAGUAGAAGCUCAGUGAUUGAAUCAUUUGACUGA